AUGCAUCAGUCCCUGACUCAGCAGCGGUCCAGCGACAUGUCCCUGCCCGAUUCCAUGGGAGCCUUCAAUCGAAGGAAACGAAACUCCAUCUAUGUCACCGUGACUCUGCUUAUUGUGUCGGUGUUGAUUCUCACGGUGGGCCUUGCCGCAACCACCAGGACCCAGAAUGUGACCGUCGGAGGUUAUUACCCGGGAGUUAUUCUCGGCUUUGGAUCGUUCCUUGGAAUCAUCGGAUCAAACCUUGUCGAGAACAAACGGCAGAUGCUGGUGGCCUCCAUCGUCUUUAUCAGCUUUGGGGUGAUUGCGGCCUUCUGUUGUGCCAUCGUCGACGGGGUCUUUGCUGCGAGACACAUUGAUCUGAAACCACUCUAUGCUAACCGGUGCCACUAUGUCCCCAAGACAUCCCAGAAGGAGGCUGAGGAGGUCAUAAGUUCCUCAACCAAAAAUUCUCCUUCCGCGAGGGUUCUGAGGAACCUUACCCAGGCAGCUAGAGAGGUGAACUGCCCUCACCUCAGCCGUGGAUUCUGUACGCCUCGCAUCCGGGGCAACACCUGCUUCUGCUGUGAUCUCUACAACUGUGGCAACCGGGUGGAGAUCACCGGUGGGUACUACGAAUACAUCGACGUCAGCAGCUGCCAGGACAUCAUCCACCUCUACCACCUGCUCUGGUCCGCCACCAUCCUCAACAUCGUCGGCCUGUUCCUGGGCAUCAUCACUGCUGCUGUUCUUGGAGGCUUUAAGGACAUGAACCCAACUCUGCCAGCACUGAACUGUUCUGUUGAAAAUGCCCAUCCAACUGUUUCUUACUAUGCUCGUCCUCAAGUAGCAUCGUAUAAUACCUACUACCAUAGCCCUCCUCACCUGCCACCAUACUCUGCGUAUGACUUUCAGCAUUCGGGUGUCUUUCCGUCCUCCCCUCCCUCCGGACUUUCUGAUGAGCCCCAGUCCGCCUCGCCUUCGCCCAGCUACAUGUGGUCCUCGAGCGCACCACCCCGCUACUCUCCACCCUAUUACCCGCCUUUUGAAAAACCACCACCUUACAGCCCCUAA